UUCCCCUUUGCUCAGUCACUUUUUCUUUUUUGUGCAGCAUGGGUGUGACUUUCAGCUCCCCCUCCCUGUUAUGUCACUACUUCAAUUCUUUGGAAUAAAAACUGCAGCAAACUUCAGAGUCAUUGACUGCAGGCUCAACAAGAGUUAGGGCUUUUUGUCUUUGUGCAGCUUGCAAGGAUCUGUCGAGUUUUUUGCAAAAGUAACUCUGAGGAAACAAUGGUCAAGUUCUUGUUGUGGGCAACUUUUGGAUUAUGUUUUCUGAAGCUUUGUGAAGCACAGACACAAUUUAAUAUAAGUUGCAGAUAUGCUGGGGUUUUCCAUGUUGAGAAAAAUCGUCGCUACAGUCUCAUGAGAGAAGAUGCAGUUGUACUCUGCAGAGCUCUCAAUAGUACCUUGCCAACAAUGGAACAAAUGGAAAAAGCAUACAAACUUGGGUUUGAAACAUGCAGGUACGGUUUCAUAGAAGACAAAAUUGUACUUCCACGGAUCAACCCCUAUCAUCUUUGUGCAGCAAACUAUACAGGGAUUUAUGUACUUUCAUCAAAUACAACACAGCCCUAUGAUACUUACUGUUACAAUGCAUCAGAAACAAGAGACAAAGCCUGUGAACCAAUUCAAAAGCUAGAUUUAAGUUUUGAUAACUCUUCACUUGCUGAUCAGAACCAAAUAGUCAUUGAUAAUGCAGAUGGCUCACGUUACACUGAUGGUGUGAAAAACCCUGACCCAACACCACCUGUUUAUGAUAAUACUGUGGGUAGUGGUUCAUCACAGGAUACAACUACUCAUGAUGAUCCUUCAUUGGAUUUUUCUGGAGCAGGCAAAAAGGAAUAUACUUCAACAGGCCCUGGUGAUGAAAACACAUCAAUGGGUACUACAGCCUCUUCUAUUCCAAUGGGGCCUAAGGACUUUCCUGGAAAAGACAGUAGCGAUCCCUACAAGCAGCAUCCCACAAGUUCUACUGUGGAUCUGUAUCGUCUUGCACCUCAGGAAGCUUCUGUACCAUCUCAGUGGAGUCCAAUCCAUUGGUCGUGGUCCCAUCAACAUCCCCGUGAACAGGAACCAACUCAGGCAUCAGGGGCAGAUAAGGAUUUAGACGACAGUUACCCAGAAGAAGAAACUGAAGAUCCAUUUAGUUCUGAUUAUGUUUCUGGAUGGGACGACGAGUACAAGGAAAAGAGUCCUUCAAUUACAACUAUGGAUUCUCAAAAUGCUAUAUUUCUGAAAAACACUACACAAUCUCAUUGGAGACCGGUCUAUAUAGAGGACAAGGAGAACAAGCCUACCUUUUCCAGCAAUGAUGUGGACUCCCAUGGUGAUGCAAAGCAAAUAGAUUCAACCCAAGAUCCUUUGUUGCAUAAUGUUCAUCUUGGAUGGGACAAGCAGGAAAGCAAUACCAGAAAUAGCACUGUGGACACGGUGAAGCCUACACUUUUCCAUGAAGUGGAAAGUGGCCAUUCUUCUUCAGCAGCUGAGGACUCCAGUGAAGAAAAGCCAACCCAAGACCCACUAUCCCUCGGUCUUCACCCUGGAAGGAAUGUUGUAGACCAUUCUCUCAAUUCCACCAAUGAUACUGUGCUACCUGGAAUUACUCCUCCAACUAAAAGUGAACAUUCUUCUACAGUGAUUGCCAGUAAAGAAAAAGAACCUGAAGAUUCAACCGAAGAUCCAUUGUUUCAUGGCAUUCAUCCUGGAAGGAAUGUUGUAGAUCAUUCUCUCUCAAAUGUCACUAAGGAUAAUGUGCUAUCUCGAAUUUCUCCUCCAAGUGAAAGUGAACAUUCUUCUACAGCAGAAGACUCAAGUGAGGGUGACAAACUUGAAGGCUCAACCCCUAGCUCACUGUCCCCUUUUGAAUCAGGAUGGGACAGUAAAGAUACAUAUCCUGCAAAUACCACUGGGGAUAGCAUGCUACAUGGACUCAUUCCUCCAAAUAUGAGUAAACAUGAAGAAAAUGAAACUUCUCAUUCAGCAGCUGUGACUUCCAUUGAUGGUUCCCUACAUGAACACUCAACCCAAGUUCCACCAUCUGUUGUGGAUCACCUAGGAGGGAGCACUGAGGAAAAGUAUCCCACAAAAACUAUUGAGAAGAAUGUGCUAUUUGAUCUUACACCACCAAGUGAAAGCAAAAGGGAAGAUCAAACUACUCAUAGAGAUGUGACCUCCAAACCUGAAGCCUCAACCCAAGGGUCGCUUUGGCAUGGUAUUCCCCCUGAACGGGGAACUGAAAAUGAGUAUUCCACAACUACCCCCAAGGAUGGUGUUCUACCUGGAAUUAUUCCUCCAAGGGAAAGGGAUCAUAAAAAUGACACUUCUCACACAGUAAACUCAACCAUCAUCAUAACAGAUGUUGUCUCCACUGAUGAAAGCUCAACCCAAGAUUCCCUGACACCAGCUCAUAAGCCAGGAAGGGGACCUGAGGCCAAACACCCCAUUAGUACUUCAAGGAAGAAUGUAUCACAUGAAACUACUCCAGCAAAUGGAAAAAAAGAAGGAGCUGUGACUUCCAAACCUGAAGCUUCAACCCAGGACCCUCUUUGGCAUGCUAUUCCCCCUGAGUGGGGCAAUGGAAAUGAGUAUUCUACAACUACCCCCAAGGAUGUUGCACUACCUCAAGUUACUCCUCCAAGAGAAAGAGAUCAUAACAAUGACACCUCUCAUACAGCGGUUUUCUUCACUGAUGCCAAACCUGAGGACACAACCCAAGAUUCUCUGACACCAGCUCAUAAACCAGGAUGGGGACCUGAGGCCAAACCUCCCACUAGUACUUCGAGGGAGCAUGUGUCACAUGAAACUGCUCCAUCAAAUGGAAAUGAAGAAGGAAUUGAAUCUUCUGAUAUGGGUACCACUGUGACCUCCAGACCUGAAGCCUCAACCCAAGAGUCUGUUUGGCAUAAUAUUCCCCCUGAAUGGGGCAAUGGAAAUGAGUAUUCUACAGCUACCUCCAAAGAUGUUGCGCUUCGUGGAGUUACUCCUCCAAAGGAUAGAGAUCAUAAAAAUGACACCUCUCACACAGUUGUGGAUUCCACUGAUGGUUCCAAAUAUGAAGCUUCAACCCAAGAGCCAUUGACACCUGGAAGGGAUAAGGAAGACACAUAUCCCACAAAGAAUAUAAGGCCUACUGUGAUACCUAAUCUUUUUCCUGAAAUUGAAAGAGAUCCUGGCAGAAAACCCACCCCUCCAGCUACCAGCUCUACAUCUAAUAGAUUUGGCCGCAGAGGAUCACACAUAGGAGAUACGGAUACAACUUCUUUUCCCAGACAGACCACAACAACAGUAAUAAUUUCACAACCAAGAUCAGCAAAGAUACCAGAAUGGCUGAUCAUAGUUGCUGCUCUUGUGGCUCUGAUACUGAUUCUUGCAGUCUGCAUUGCUGUCAACAGUCGGAGAAGAUGUGGACAGAAGAAGAAACUAGUGAUUAACAAUGGCAAAGGGGCAGUGGAGGACAAGAAGAUAGGUGGACUGAAUGGAGAAGCCAGCAAGUCUCAAGAAAUGGUGCAUUUGGUGCAUAAAGAACAGUCAAAUGACCGAACGGGACAAUAUGAUGAAUUCCUGACCACUGACGAAACACAAAAUCAAGAGGCUGACAUGAAGACUGGGGUGUAAUAAUGGUGGGCCAUCUUAUAGAUCAAGAGUUGGGGAAGCCAAAUUCUUAUGGAACUGGGACUGGAACCCACAGAUGCACUGUGCUACUGAUCUCUUUUGAGCAUAAUUAAGCAUAAAUUUCCUGCUUCUUUUUACAUUUUAAAAAAUCAUGUCCAAGUUAUAAAAUUGACAUUGCUUUCUUAACUAAGCCCCUGAGCCAUGCAUAAAUCUUGCAGAUUCCAGUUCCUACCAGACGGAUGUUCAUCUGUUGUGUGUUAUGAGGGAUGGAAGUUUAUAUGAUGUUUUCCUCAGUUGUAAUACCUUCACUGAGUGAAGCUACGGAAAUAUGUAGUCACUUCAACUUAGAGGCAUUUAUGGUAUUACAUUUAUCAUGGUAGAAGCAUAAGUGAGGAAGAAAUAUCUAGAGAAAAAAAAGGUUAAAGGAAAAGGCCUGUAAAGGAUUCUGUAACAUUAGAAUCCUUCAAAAUUGCCUCGUGGCCCUGAAAAGUUUGGUCGGUGAAUUCCAGAGUUGCUGUUGCUUGGGGGAAACUGUGGCAUUUUAUGAUAUGUAAUGAGAGGACCCCAAAGCUUAUUUAUCUCUUCAUUUCUAAAAAUCCAUGGACAGGCAAUGCCAAUCAUUCUUAUUAGGAAGUGGGGGUGGAAAUGAAGACAUGAAAACUUGAGCUGAUACAUAAUAAACUUCUAUACUUUUUUUAUCUUAACGUUCUGUGGAGUUUCUUCAGUUUUGAAGCUGUAUUGCUCUUCCCCAUUGAUCAUAGUUUCAGUAUGUUUUUUUAAUGCGCUUUGUUUGUUAGGACAAUAAAUAAAUGCAGCAACCCCAGCUGAAACACCCAUUUAGAAAUCCAGCAAUAGGAAAUGAUCAAAGAAAAUGGGCAGUGUUUUGUUUCCUGUGCAAUAGGGCUGUAUUUCUCCCUGCUCACAGUUUUUAUUUUGAGGUGCUGAGUCGAACACACAGCUUGUUUUUUGGCAUAAUUAUUGCAUGUGGCACCAUCUUGCUGAUAUUUUUAAAAGCCAAAUUAAAUUUAUGUGAUGUUCUUUUCUACUCUGAAUUCCACUUCAUCCAUCUUUUUUUUUUUUAAUUCUGCUUAUUAAAAAUGCCAAAAGAAAUAUUGUUCACUUGUUGGAACAAGAAGUUGGAAAUCUCCAAAAGAUCAAAGGAACUGAAAGCAGACAACUCUAACAACAUAGAAUAACUGCAGCUGCAUUGCCACAUGUUUUUAUUUUUUUCCCCUUUGUAUGCCCAUUUAUGUAAAGUAUUUGUUUUAAGCUAAGAUGCCAUGCAGUACAGUAUGUCUCUUUGUGCAAAUACACAGUCAGUGCAGUCCAACUGCCACUAAUAGCCAGUGCCCACCACCAUUGUCAAGGAAAAAAAAUAUAAGGAGUGAAUGGCUCCUGAAUUGUGCUCAAAAGUAAUAUUAAUCAAAAACAACCAUCAGGUACAAAACCAAUUAGGAUUUUUAUGCUUUGACUGGCUAUAAAUCUCUUAUUUCACUUAAAAGUGCUCAGCUAUAGUCCUAUUUCUUUUUCUAAAGAAACUUUUGUCAGUAAAGAUAUUAUUAGACAAUUUGGAUAUUGGCUCUGACUAUGGUAAUAAGCUUUAUUGGCACCACAACCUGCCAAAUUACUGUGGCUGUGAUUUUUUUUUUUUUUUUUUAUUGCAAACCAUUGUCUAAAUGUUUGCUUAUGACAUACUGCACCCUUCUUCCUAUUCUUAGGCAUAUCAGCAAGGGUUAAACUCACCCCCACACAGAGUGGCCAGCACAAAUCUUGCUUAAGUCUCAUGGACAGGGCUUGUGUGGUGCAUAGGCCAUGUACUGAUUCCAUGUGUAGUGAUAUGUAUCAUCUGUACACUGCCAUAUGUUAAUGCUCAUAGGCUGAAUAUGUGCAACCACAUUGAGGUCAGUGGAGUUACAGCUGUUGACAUGAUCAGUAAAUUUAGUCCAUUUUUGGACCAUAUUUGGUCAGUCUUCUCAUUACUUCUCAUAACCCCUUAUAGCACUGAGUUAUGCUGUAUGUUUCUGUUUAUUUCAUGCAUUGAUUUUUUUUUCAUUCCAAUAGUAUUUUGAAACAGUCUUUCCAUUAGUAAUUCUAAAUCAGCAUGAUCUCUUGAAGGAUACAGUUAAACUGGCAUAGUGGCUAUAAUUCACUGGAAUGCAGAGCCCCAGGAAAAGACCUAUUCACCCCCAGUUCAACAGGCCACUACUGAAAGGGGGUAGUUCUCUCAUUGUCUCAAAGCAUAGUUCUUUCUAAGUUCAGGCUUUGGUAUGUUACAACCCAGGUAGAUGUUGGGUGGAGUAUCUGCCACGUCUUCUGUUGAUUACUCCAUUUUACAUUCAGUAGUUAUUGCGUAGACAAUACUGGUUGUCACCUUCUGAGUUCUUUAGAUAAGUAAUGCCUAAAUUCUUAUGCAAAAGCAAUGGCCUUCUUUUAUACUGAUACAAUGAUUCUUUCUAAAUCAUGUCAUGUGACAUAUGUGCAAUUAAUUAAUUUGCAUUAUAGUUUCAAGCCUUUAUUAUCAUUUUGUGCAUGUAAUAUAACAAGUGUUUGUACUGGGAUGAUUUUUUAUUAUUAGAUAGCUUAGGCUUUUUUUCAGAGCACUCUUGAUAUAUUUGUAUAUUUAUUUAACAGAUUAAUUAGAAAGGAGAACGUAUAAGGAGAAAAUAAGCCUUAUGAAGAGAGGCUGAGAGCCAUGGGACUCUUCAGCGUGGAAAAGCUCAGGCUCAGGGGUGACCUGUUGGCAGCCUAUGAGCACAUCAGGGGUGUGCAUUGUGACCUGGGGGAAUGCCUGUUCACCAGAGUGCCCCAAGGGAUGACAAGAACCAACGGUCACAAACUCCUCCAAGACCAUUUUAGGUUGGACAUAAGGAAAAAUGUCUUUACUGUCCGAGCCCCCACGGCCUGGAAUAGGCUCCCUCAAGAGGUGGUGCAGACACCUUCUCUGGAUUCCUAUAAGAGGCAUUUGGAUGCUUAUCUUGCUGGGAUCCUUUGAUCCCAGCUGACUUCCUGCCUUUGGGGUAGGGGGGCUGGACUCAAUGAUCUCCUGAGGUACCUUCCAACCAUAAUGUCUAUGAAAUCUAUGAAAUCUAUAAUUUCUAUACUGUAACCAGACAUAUACUUGCUAAAAAUAUUGUAAAUUAAGCUUCCAAAAAUAAAUUUGAUUUUAAAUUGAGAGGAAAAGAAAUAGGAUGGCAUCAAUAUUAUGAUGCCAGUUAGCAAGCUAGUUGUUUUUAUGGUACCAAUGACCCAUCUAUCUAUUUUCUUGGUUGAAAAGUCUAGCACCAACCAAAAUGAAAUGCUAUGUGAUAGUUGCAUCCUUAACAAGCAUUUUGUAGGCCUUCCAAGUAUUUUUAAACUAGAAAAGAACUCAACUUUCUAGUCCCAAAAGGGGUAACUUCUCAUUACUAGAUAUUAAAUAAGAGGUCUUUUUCUCAUCUCACUUAGAGCUCAGUCCAGGUAGACACUGAUUAUUUCUGAUUCCUGUUGAAGUGUAUGGCAGUUGAGGUAGCUCAGCACCUCAUAGAAUCAAGUGUUUUUAUUAGUAUCACCUCAGUGACUUUACAUUUGGUAUGACAGAUGAGGUCCUGAGUUACAUUGGUGCACACAUGAGAAGUGGGCAGGCAUGAUGAGACUGGUUUACUUCAGCAAAAUGAACAAAGAACAUCCCUAUGGUGUCCCAUUUACUCAAACAGCACUGAAAAAAAGAGGCAUAAUUGAAAAUUGUCCUUACUUGGAGUUGUUCAUUAACGUAUUGAAGGUAUAGACGAGUGUGAGAAGGUUGAAUAUUGAGUGUGAGAAGGUUAAGAAGAGUGUUAACCCAUUCUGAUUGAUUGACUUCCCCCAUAUUUUCUGAUGAUCUUAAAAACAAUAGUUUGCUUAAAGGAGAGAAGGGUGGUGCGUUACCUUACAUUAACAGUCUUCAUAUUAAAAUCCUUUUAAAAUCCUUUCCACAGUGUCAGGGAGAAUUUUGAAUUCCCACAGGCUCUAGGGAGCUUUGUCACAUCUCAGGGAUAUCUUCUGUAUGUAAUAUAAGAGUAAUAUAAACUUGUCCUUGCAUUAAGUAGCUUUGAGCAUGCUGAUUCGUUUCCCAAAGAGAUCAUUACCAGGGCCUGAUUACUAGCGCUGUGAGACGCUUCAGUCUAUGAUUCAAUUCAGUGGAGAUUUGGCCUGAUUCGGUGGCCGAAUCUCUGAAUCUGAAUCGAAUCAGGAGACCCUUUCAUUUCUCCAAAUCGAAUUGGAACCCUCCAGAUCGAUUCGGAAAGAUUCAGAGAUUCAGACAUAGAGACAGCUUUAAAUGUUUUUUUCUACAUACCUCUAGGUAGCGGGGGCUAGUGAAUGCUGUAAUGCUGGGGCGCAUGGAGUGACCCACAGAAAUGCGGGAGGCUCCCCAGUGCCCUCGGCAGCAGACCCAGAAGCAGACAAGAAGCACUUUCGGUCCACUUCUGGGUCUGGGGACCCCCCCCCGCACCCCUCUAGCUUGGUGACUGGUGACUCCUGGGUCUGGGGGGGCACCUAAGGGUCCCCCUACGCCCAGAUCACUGAGCCAGGGGGAGUACUGAGGGCCCCCAAUGCGCUCCCGAGCAGACCCGGAAGUGGACUGGAAGUACUUUCGGUCCACUUCUGGGUUCGCUGCCAAGCACGUGGAGGGCCCCCCCCACACGAGCCAUGUCUGGUACCUCAAGGUAUGUAGAAAAAAAUGUAAACCUGUGUCUAUGGCUGAAUCCCUGAUUCUGUGAAUCAGCAUUGAAUAUUCAGAUUCUGAUUCAGAUUAAUUGAAUCAGGGACAGUGAUCCAAAUCAACGGAUUGAAUCACUGUCCCUGAUUUGGCCCAAAUCUGAAUCCGAAUUGAAUAGGGCCCACUUUGCACACCCCUACUGAUUACCACCUAGUAUAGGAGCUGACCACAGAGAGAGGCUCCACUCUUGGUUAGAGUACUAUGGGCAGCUUCUAAUUAGCCGUUCUAUAGCUGCUAGAGAGUAACUGUUUCCCUCUCACAAUUGUAAUCAGCAUCCAUAGCUGUGAAACCCAGGAGACUUAGGGUGUUUCACUGAGCCAGCAGUUAUGGGAGUUGUUUUGGGUUAGAUUGGACCCUGGGGAGAAAUUACUCUAUUCAAUAGCUGAAGCCAAGAGCUAUUAUUUUACCUUAUUAAGCUGUUCAUGGCCUUUACUGUUCUGGUUGCAAGAAAUUAGGUUGAAUUAGAUGUCUUAUCUUAGAAUUAGAUAAAAAAUAUAUAGGCCUUUUGGAUAGACCAAGGUGGUGAUUAGCUUUCUGAUGUAGGAAAUAAAGUGUUGGAACCUGAAGCAGACUAAGGUGAACUCAUUUCUCCACUGAAGUCAAAGGUAAAAAUCACAUUCACUUAAGUGAAGCAAGUAUUGUGAAAUGGUGUUUUGAGGAUGAGAGCCCGAUGUGCUUAUAAAGGGACUGAGAAUGCUUAAAGCAGCAAGAAGUUUUUGAUAUAUAACUGAGAUGUGAUACAGCAAGAGUGCAAUGUUUGUUCUACUUGGUGGGUAAAUUCCUUUACCAUCACUGGGAAUUUGCAAAUGAGACUUGAACAUUUUAUAAUUCAGAAAAAGAACAUGAAUCAGUCUUUCCAGGGGAAACUUUUGUUACUGUGUGCAAACUUUGUGAACCCUCAAUUUCUUUCUAGCUCUUACUGUGGCAGAUGGGAAGCAGAAUAUACCCAGAGCACAUUUCUGCUGUUGAGAACAAAUUGCUUUCACUAUUCAGGAUAAGGAGAGACAGGGGAAACUUUAGUAAAGUUGUAUAAUGAUGUUCAGAUUGUUCUUUUGCUUUCAUUAACUUGCCUGUUCGAAGGUCCUGUUGCUGAUGUACUUCCCCAUGCAUACGACAGGGUUUCUGGAAGCGUCAAUGUUAAGAUGUUCUGGUACAAAUAUAUUUUACAUUUUAUGCAACAUUUAGAGGCUUUAGAUUAAUUUGUUUUUUGCUGUUAUUGAGGAGGAAUUAUAGAACAUUUGCCAUGUAAUAUGGAAUGAAAAUUUACCUUUGUGUGUAUAAACAUUGCCUAGACUCUGCAAACUGUGCCUUUUUAGAAAGCAGCUGUUUUUGAAAAGUACCUUUAAUAGUAUGUGGGUUUAAGAAAGCCAUUUGGAUUUAAGUGCCUUAUGUCUUGAAAAACAAGGAAAGCUCUACCUUUGCUUUUCAGCUGCAAGGUGCCAGAGAACAAACAUUAUAAUAGUGCCUGCCUAUAGGAAGAGUAACACCUUUGAUAUAGAAAUGCUGCCAAAGAUUUUUGAGAUGUGGUGAAUGAAUCCCCUUUGCCUAUAUUUGAAACCUCUCCAUUACAGGGAUUGGAUAGCUUGAUUUAAACACCCUUGGUUUCAACUGCUGGUUAGGAGCAAAAGAAGCAGAAAAAAAAUCCAAUGUUAAAAUUAAAGUAACAACUCAAUAAGAACAGUGCAAAAAAAAGAAACAGUGAAUAAAAAUUCACUGAAUACAGUUCUCAAGAAAGUAGACAUGCAGUGUUAAUUCCCUGCACAGGGAACCUAGUUGUGCCAGACUACAUUUUGGGACUAUUUCUAUAUUCCUCUAGCUUCCCCCAACUAAGAAAAAUAAACGUUUGAAAAUAAAUCACUACUGCAGAAAAAGUUUCUGUUUAAUGUGCAGGAGAAUAAAGCUUGCAAAUCAGACCUGGUUUUAAGAAUCUGCAAAGCCCAAAAUAAUCUUUGCAAGAUUCAAAACACUUCCUUUCCACAUUGCUCACCAGUCCCUAUUUUUAGCUUAACCGUAAAAAUUUGUUCCAGCCUGAACUUGCUGAAAAGAAAUACAUUGCAGAAACAAUUAGAGGUGUCUAUUUUUCCUUCCAUGAGAUUUUCAGAGGGAAAAUGGUUUGGUAAUUUUUAAGGUAGAUGCUUGGAUUAAAGACUGAUUUUCUUAUAUCAAAUUUAGAAAUUCUGGUUUCUUUUGUAGUGUCCAAAUUACAGACAUUUUGUUCCUCAAAGUGAAGAAGCCAAAUUCUUAUCUCAUUGCCCUGAAUCAGAAGCAUUUGCUUAGUUUUAAGUGAAAAUUGGGGAAUAAAAUUGGACACCUCAUACUUUUUUGCCUGAUGUACUCAGACCUAAGACUGCCACAUAGAAGGACCUUAAUUCUCUACAGCCUGCAUAGUUUUCAAGGUCCAAGCUAACAUCCCAGGGCCUGGUCCCAAAGAGGCACUAAGGGGAUUUCUAAGCAGUACAAGACAGCACUCAUGCAGAGGUAUCCAUGGAAGCUCUCCAUGUGCAAGCUCUGGAGCCAAGGAUGCUAUAGCUGUGUUAGCACAGUACUGCACCCAAACUAAUUAACUCAUGUCCCAUCUACAUCUAUUUGGGAUUCACAGACCAGUGGUCAACCCAGUCUAAUAUGUGUGCCCUGAGCAUGCCCAAUACACACCGACAAUACUGAGCUCAGCACAAAGCACAGCAGUUCGGGCCAUUUUCAUUCAAAAACACAGCCAAAGGGGGAGGAGCUGGUUUUGCUCAUCUUUUGUAUAACAGUUCAAUUGGGAGAUUUGGGUUCUGGGCCCUCCUCAGCCUGACUGGGUUCAAAUCAAUAUCUCUCAACUCCCAGGAGAGUACUCUAACUUCCAGGCUACGGUUGGGUGGGAAUAUUCUCCACCCUGCUGUUGAAUCAGUGCCACAGUGCAGCCAAGAAUACAAGAGUCAGAGGGUUAGAGAAAGAGGAAGCAUGAUGUGUAGCUUAGAGACAAAUGCAGUCCCCUGGAAGCAGAGAGUUUGGGGUUCCAGUCCUUUGAAUCAAGACUGCUCAUGCAAUUUAUCUAAUGCCCCUCCAAUGCAGAAUGAAUUAACAGUCCUGAAACUUGCAGAUUUGAAUACAAGCUCAGAGCAACCAGGAACAUUUCAUGUACGUGCUUAAUUAAUAGAUCAGGGAGUUACACAACUGUAACAAUAGAAAAACAUAAUGGUAAAAUUAGAUCUGUUACUGGUAGUGGAUCCUGCAUGCACAAGGAAUAUGGCAUACGUCAGGUAAAAUGGCCAGAGUAGGGUGAAGGAGUUUAAGAAGCUCCGGUCUGUCUGGAGAGGAUUCUUCUGGUGCAGGAACUAGGGUAGCAACACCUCCUGGAAGCACUGAAGACAGAAGUAGGGGGCACAUCAUGCAGCACAGUGGCUUGGGAAGGUACUUUAACGUAAGCAGGCUUCUGAGACUCUGUAAGCCUCCUUCCCCCUUCCCCAAGCAGCCAGGACCAGGAGGGCUCAAUGUUCACAUAAUCUCAUCCAUACACACUUCUCCAUGGGCUGUGAGUUUUGUGUUGUGGCUCUUAAAAUCCCAGCCCAGAGUACCAGAUUAGAUUUUUAGCCUUAAAUCCAAAUUCCCUUGCUUUUGUUAGCUUGAUUAUGGCAAUUGGCAUGACUUUCUCACAGGGUUUGUUGGUUUUUUUUCCUGGCUUAAUCUAAAAAAUACUUGGCUCAUUUUCAGUGACCAUAUUUUCUUUGCAUGCUCUCAGCCCAGAGCAGCCAGGACUAAACCAAAUACAUUUUAUUCCUGCCCACACAUUCAAUCCAGGACUGUAUUUACAGCUUUGGCCCACCUUCCAUAUACUACAGAAAGUGCUUAGCUAGGGCUGCUGCAACUGAUUUCUAUCAGUGCAUCUCACUUUAGCUACUUCAGAGAGCCAGUUUCAGUGGUGGAAAGGCUCCUGUCCCAGUUUAUCAAAUGUUUUACUUGAUUUUGUUCAUGCUGAGGCUUUAGCGCAGUCUCCCUUGAGUGGAAACAAUCCUCCACAGUGUGCUGUAGCUUCAACCAGUAUCCAAGACACAAUGGUCCCAGUAGAGUUUUUGUUGUGAUUCCUCAAUUCCCUGACAAGGGAGUGGAAUUUUUUAUUAUUAUUAUUUUUUUUUUUUUUUUGCAAGUGCUCUGGAUUAGAGCCCUAAACAAGGGCAACAUCACAGCCACACUCUAGAACAAUAGGUUGGUUUAUUGCACUUUUCAAGAUCCACCAAUGAUUAAAUGUUUAGACUUCAAUCUUGUAACACAGGAGUUUUCAACCUUUUUUAAGGAGUGUACCCCUAUGGAGGCGGUGGCUGGACGUGGAGCAUACCCCGAGUUGACAACCCCUGUUGUAACGAUAUUAGUCUGUACAAAAGCUUCUAGUACACAUGUAUUAUAGUUUGGAGAUGUUUUGUUCUUUUGGUUUUGUUUUGUUUUCUUAAAGCUCUGCUCUAAAAUUAUGGAUGUAAAUAAAAGCCUAGUUUUGUCUUA